AUGGAUUCUCUUUCUCUUUGCUCUAACUACGGUGUGGUUUCAGCUGUUUCUUCAUCCCACCAAGAUUGCUAUGGCUCUACGAGCUGGGGUUCACCCUUCAUGAGGCAAUGUCUUGGUAGGAGCUUUGAGGAACACCCCAACAGUGAUGGGGUGGAGGAGGGUAAAGGGUCUGAUAGUAGUGAUGAUGGGGUUGGAGAAGACAGUGACAAAGUUAACCUUAAUGCUAAUAACUUUAACGAAGAGAACCCUAAUGAGAAUUCUCUUAGUGGCAAAGAGGUUGUAGAUACUGGGCAUUCCAAACUUUGCGCAAGAGGGCAUUGGAGACCUGCAGAAGAUUCCAAGCUCAAGGAACUUGUGGCUCUUUAUGGGCCUCAAAACUGGAACCUCAUAGCCGAGAAGUUAGAAGGAAGAUCAGGCAAGAGUUGUAGACUGAGGUGGUUCAAUCAGUUGGACCCGAGGAUUAAUAGGAGAGCAUUCACUGAAGAAGAGGAAGAAAGGCUAAUGCAGGCACAUAGAAUCUAUGGCAACAAAUGGGCCAUGAUUGCAAGGCUUUUCCCUGGGAGAACAGAUAAUGCAGUGAAGAACCACUGGCACGUUAUAAUGGCCAGAAAGUACAGAGAACAAUCUAGUGCUUACAGGAGGAGGAGGCUGAGCCAAUCUGUAUACAGAAGAGUAGAGGAAAAUACAACAAGUAGCUUUGUCUCUAGAGACACAGCAGCCACUGCAGUUACAGAACAACCACCACCACACUAUUGUCUCAAUGUCACAAAUGGAGGACUUGGCAAUAACAUUGCUACUUUCCCAUAUGCUGCUGCCUCCUUCCAUGGUGGGGGUGGGGUUGAUUAUGGCUUAAAUGGUUCACCCCACAUGACUGGUGACAAAGAAGCAAUCUCAACCACCAAGUUGGCCCCUCCUCAUAUUGGCUUGUAUGCUCAACCAACGCCACUUGAUUUCAUUUCUGGUGGUAGAAGCAAUGACAUAGUGGGGGAGUAUUUUGGCCAGAACAGAUGCUGGGACAGGCCAAGUGAUGCACAUUCUCAUCAUCACCAACCAUCUGAUUUCUACCCUCAUUAUCCCCCUCAACAAUAUGUGAUGCUAAUGCAACACCAAAACAAUCACAAUUUUUACGGUUUCUCAAAUUCCACAGCACAGAUAUUGGGCAGUGAACCUUCACUAUCAUCAGUGGCAGAACACAGAGAUGAAGCCCUGAACAGUGACCCCCCAGAUGCAAUUCCCCCUCCAUUUAUUGAUUUCCUUGGAGUAGGAGCCACAUGA